AGAACAUAAUUGACCGUAUUUUAACUUAUUCGUAUGAAGUUUGAAUAAGAUUGUAGAGCGGCGUCCCAUUUCCAAUCCCACUUAUUUCCUGAUUUUGAGCCCGAAUUACUUCCCCCGUUGAAUUUCUAUUCAUUUGGGUCAUUUUCAUGGUCCAAAAAUUUAUGCCUUCCAGGCAUGAAAAAGACUAAGGACCAUGCCUAUAUCACUUUACAGGAGUAGUAGUUAUAUCAAGAAACAGGCCCACAAGAUUGAGGCAGAGAGUAGUGAAUCCCCUCCUUUCAGUGCCCAAAAGCUUUGUGAUGUCAACUCACUCACUGUUGAAGACCGGCACGCAGAGCUUCUAGCCAUCUGGCAGGAGAUUGGAGAAGACCAGGCCAAAAAGCUUGAGGAGCUUCGAGAGAUUAUAUCUGCUGCUCUGGAUCAAAUUUACGAGAAGGCAAUGGAAGAAUGUGUUCGUAAGAGGAUGGCUUUAGAAGUGAGUAUUGCAGAGAGUGAAAAGAGGCUGAAAGAACGCUUAGGCCCUAAUGUUUCUCAGGCAAUAACCCCACGAGACUUGCCAUUGCAGAUCAGGCUAAGCAAGAACAUAUCACAGCUACAGAGCUUGGAUAAUGAAAGAGUUAGUGGUUAUGGCUGGGUUGGAGGUCUGCUUGUGAUAUCUGAGCUCCGGAAAAGGAUAAUCAAUUUACGAGAGGCCUUAGAUCUCCCACCAUGCAAUGCAGCAGCAACUUUAGAUGAGUUAUUGUUAAGCACCAUGGAAGCACUUCAGAAGAUGUGUCCUGGGAAAAUACCUUCAACAUUUGCUUUUUCAUCUGUGGAGAGAGAUCAGAAGCCUAUUUUCCAGAGAUUGCAACGGUUUUAUUUGACACUUCGAGCUAUAGAAGAUACUUGGGUAGACUCAUUUGCUCACAAGGGAGGUCGGCCUUUUGGAGAGAAAUGGGAAAAUGAUGAAAGUCUUGGAGAACUAGAUUCAUCUUCUAAUAGGAGUUUAACGAGAGCAGAUUCUAAAAACAGCAAGAGUCAAUGCCAUAAGCGAAAGCCAUCUGAGGAGGCUUCCAACUUGGAACAACUAAGUAAGAAGAUUUUUGACAAGCUGGAUUAUAUAAGUAGGCGAGCUAAGUAUGUACUUGAUAUGACAGAUGACAAUGAUUGCCAAAGCACCUUAACCUGUGAGAUUUCAGAUUAUUCAAUAUCCUCACAGCCCUUGGAAGGUGAAUAUUUGGGUAGUGACUUUGAGGUAGAGAGCAAGCUUUACAGCCAAUCUCCAAUUACCCCAACUUCUGUUUUACCAGAAAGCACUCAAGAUUCAGUUAUUCCAGGUAGUUUCGUUAAUGCUUAUGUUCCACCUCUACUUUGGCCUCCAAAAACGUUGGUUAUUAAUAAUUCUCAUCCACUUCCUUUUAUGAAUAGUCCUGCUAAUAUUGGACCCCAAGGAAAGGUAAAAACAAGUCAAACUGGAAAGGCAAUCAAUCAUGUUAACCUAUCCACUUGUGAUAAUCCAGAACUCCAAGAUAGAAUUCAAAGUUCCAAGCUUACCAAUCCAGCUUCCAUAAGUAGACAACCAUUACAGAUAAUUAAAAACACCAUUCCAGGGAAUGCAAACCCCAAUGACAAUAGUUCUGUAAAACAGAUCUUUCCACCUCUAGCAAUGGUCCCACCUCCACCUCCACCUCCACCACCACCACCUCCUCCAUCCUCAACCAUUGUACGAGUUAAACAUCCACCUCCACCCCCACCUCCACCCUCAACCGUUGUACGAGUUAAACAUCCUCCUCCACCCCCACCUCCACCCUCAACCAUUGUACGAGUUAAACAUCCACCUCCACCUCUACCUCCAACUCCACAUCCACCUCCACCUCCAACUCCACCUCCACCUCCACCUCCACCUCCAAGCAUUGGAUCCAUUACACCUCAACCUCCAAUCAUUGGAUCAAUUACACCUCCACCUCCACCCCCGCCGCUUUCAAAUGCAAAUAAAGCCUUGCGCCCACGGAAGUCAAAUACGAAGUUGAAAAGAUCAAGUCAGAUAGGUAACCUCUACAGAUCUUUGAAAGGCAAAGUGGAGAGGGCUGGUGAAACCAAUGAAUCAUUACACUCUCGCAGAAAAAUGGUUGGUCGCAGCAGUAGUAGCAGCUCUCAAGGCAUGGCUGAAGCCCUUGCUGAAAUAACUAGAAGGUCAACUUCUGUGCAAGAAUCUUCACUUCCAUUCUUCUACAGGUCAUCUUAUUUUCGGCAGAUAGAAGAAGAUGCACAGCGUUUUGCAGCCCCAAUUAUGGAGAUGAAGCAUGCAAUCGAGUCCUUUCAAACACGAAACAUGGAUGAGUUGUUGAAGUUUCAUCGCUAUGUUGAACUUCACCUGGAAGACUUGACUGAUGAAACCCAGGUUUUGGCAAGAUUUGAAGGUUUCCCGACCAAGAAACUGGAGAUAGUCCGUUCUGCAACAGCACUUUAUACAAAAUUAAGUUCAAUAGCCGAUCACCUUGCAACAUGGAAGGUUGUGCCUCCAUUGUCACGGCACCUCGAUAAGGUCACAUGCUAUUUUGACAAGAUCAAGAUGGAGGUAGAGACAUUGGAGAGGGUGAAGGAUGAAGAAUCAAAGUGCUUUGAGAGUCAUAAAAUCUUCUUUGAUUUUAAUAUACUUAUUCGUAUCAAAGAGUCCAUGGUCGAUGUUUCCUCUGACUGUAUAGCUUUAGCAUUGCAGGAGAGUAAGAGAGCCAAAGAAGCUGCUAGAAGGGUAGAAUGUUACUUCUCAGCUGGAUAUGAUGACCUUCAAUUACGAAGAUGCUUGCAGAUGCUGUGGAAAACAUUUCAGCUAUCUUUUAGAGUUUACAAUUUUGCAGGGGGGCAGGAUGACCGAGCAGAGGAAUUGACUUAUGCAUUGGCCAAAGAAAUGGAAACAUAUCCUCAACAUUCUUGGAACCUUUAAAGGUACCUCCUCCUGAUGAUAUCUUGUCCAUCUUGACAUUGGAAUUCCCAAUAACUUAUUGGAUUUUAGUUUUAGGUGUACUAUCCAGUGAGAUUGCAAAUCAUCAGAGUAAGAAACAGGAAAAUGUACACCUUUAUUGUUAUCUUGUAACACAGUAUUUCGUAGGGAUUGAGUGUAAUUCAUAAUUGGUGGUGUUUAUAUCUUGAAAACACCAAUAAAAAGAGAAAAAAAAGGACUCGCUGUUAAAAAUUUACAUUGAAAUAACUUUCUCCCAUGUUUGUAGAAAACUGUGGUGGUUGCCCCAUAUUGCCAUCCUACGUGGUGUGUGUCUAUGCAUUGUUGAGCUUUAUGUAUCAUGUAAUGUCAGGUUGAAGAUAUUUUAGUUGGAGAAUUUUAUAUCAAAUCUAAAUCAAUAAAAAAUUGAAGUGUCAAGGAAGAUACUUAUUUGUGAA